UACAAUAAUACUUGUCUUUCCCUUUUUUUUUCUUUUGUCUUGAUAGCCAUUCACCUCUUUCAUUGAAUUCUCACUGCAUUCAUUCAAAAUUCAGUAUGGAUUCUUCAGGUUUUCCUACGAGUAGAUCUCCCAGAAAGGAACUUCAAGGGACACGUCCGUCUCCUUUGAAAGUCCGUAAGGACUCGUACCAGAUCAGGAAACCUCCAUUGGCACCACAACCAGUACAUCAUCAACAACCACCACCACAACAGAUAAGGCCUCCAGUAAUCAUCUACACCGUGUCACCAAAGGUGAUCCAUACAAACCCUAGCGACUUCAUGAACCUAGUGCAACGCCUCACAGGCUCGACAUCGUCAUCGUCGUCGUCCAUAUCAAAUCAACCGAUAUUCAACGAUACUAACAGCGGUGUAAUCUCGCCGGCAGCCAGGUUCGCCACAAUAGAGAAAACGAAGCCACCCGCAGAAGGGAAAAAACAACAGAUUCAUGAAGAAAACUAUGGGUUUGUGGAAGGCAUAGAGAUGAAUCCAGGGGUUGAAAGGACAAGUUUCCUGCCUGGGAUUUUAUCACCUGGGCCAACCUCACUGCCGAGGAUAUCACCGAGCUUCUUCUCACCACCGUCCGAUCCGUACUCUAUCGGUUUCUUCCAUGAUUUGAGCCCUGCUCUUCAUGGGAAUAGGAAUUUCAUUGAAGGUAGUUUCAUGCCUAGUCCUUCAAGCUUUAACAUUUCACCUUAUUUCAUACCAUCUCCUACUACUCCAUCAAUAGACCUUUUCAACAAUUUCUUUGACCUUUAAAGCAUUUUUUCCCCUUAGGAAGAUAUAGAAAUAGAGAUUCUAUUCCCUUGGAUUUAUGGGGUUUUGAAUAUGUUAGUUGUAUUUUUCUGCAACUUGAAUUAAUGGUGAAAGUGAAGUACUAAACCGGAAAUUUCUUUUGUUUAUUGUGGUAGGUUCGAAACUUCUUAAUUUCCUUAUCCUUGAAUUGUUCUU